AUGAUUGAUUUAGCUACUAUUGUCUCAUUGGAACUUAUUCAAAACUUGCAAAAUGCAAAGUCAAAGGACUGUCUUUUCGGCAUACUGAAUGAAACUCUCACACCCAUGGGUGCCAGGCUACUGAGAAGCAACAUCCUACAGCCUUCUACUGAAGUUUCUAAACUAAACACCAGAUAUGAUGCUGUCGAAGAGUUGUCAUCAAACGAGGGAAUGUUUUUUGCUUUGACGGUUAUUCCAACGAAGCCAAGCUUUUUAUUUGCUGAACAGUCUAUUAACAACGUCAUCAUGCUGAAAACAUUCCUAUGCUCUCCCAGGAACUAUGACCCUGUUCAAACUAUUCUCAAGGAAACGCUAAACGACGAUGUUAGAUACCAAACAAGUGCCCUCGAUUUACGCAAUCACAGAACUUACGCCGUCAAAGCUGGAGUUAACAAUCUUCUCGACGUUGCAAGACAAACCUACAAGGAGGCCAAUGACGAUGUUUCAGAGCUAUGUUCUCGUCUUACUGGUAAUGUAUAUAUUCGUCGUUGCUAUCAAAGAUUGCGACUAACUUGCAUAGAGGAGUACAAUAUCCCAUUGGACUUGAGGUUUGAAUCUGGCCGUCACUAUUAUUUCCGUGUAAAAUCCACCGAUCUCCCAGGUGUGGUACUGCCAGAUAUUUUUAUCAAUGUUUAUCGGAAAAAAGCAUAUGUGGAAUUUCAAACCCUGGACCUUGUCAAGAUGAAUCAAAAAAUAACAGACUCCCAUAACGAGGUGGUUAGCAUGAGUGAUCGGAGCAUCCAAGAGCUUAUAGAUAACGCUAGGUCUCAAAUAUCUAGCUUGUUCCGUAUCAGCGAGGCAGUUGCUCUACUAGAUAUGAUUGCAGCCUUUUCCUACCUACAUACAAUGCAGGAUUAUGUGCGCCCUGAAAUCACAGAUACUCUCGCCAUCAAGGCCGGAAGGCAUCCGAUUCGAGAGAAAAUCCACUCAACAAAAUAUAUACCCAAUGAUGUUUACGCCUCAUCACAGUCCCGGUUUCAGAUAAUAACUGGCUGCAAUAUGAGUGGAAAAAGUACAUAUAUCCGGUCGCUUGCCCUGAUGGCAGUAAUGGCGCAAAUUGGAAGCUCUGUUCCUGCGCAGUAUGCCUCAUUCGCGAUUGUACAUCAACUGUUCGCUCGCGUAUCAACAGAUGAUAACCAGGCUACCAACGUGUCGACCUUUUCCACUGAGAUGAGAGAAGUGGCAUUUAUUUUACGGAACGUUGACUCAAAGAGUAUGGUUAUAAUAGACGAACUAGGUCGUGGAACCGCUUCAGCUGAUGGGCUUGCCAUCUCAAUUGCUAUUGCGGAAGCUCUACUGGAAACUCAUGCCUUAGUUUGGUUCACUACCCAUUUCCAUGAUUUACCAAGGAUUAUGGAGCAUCGCAGCGGAGUUAUAAAUUUGCAUCUUGCUGUUGAUAUGUCCGACCCGAGGUCCAAAAUCACUAUGCUAUAUAAAAUAGUUGAUGGAUAUGUACAGGAACAGCAUUAUGGCCUCGCACUCGCCAGAAUUUUCUCUUUACCUCCAUACCUUAUACAGGUAGCCGAGGAAGUGUCAAGUCAUCUUGCUCUGGCGGCACAAAAUAGAGCAAAGUCUCCUGCAAUUAUUUCUCUGGCCAAACGGCGCAGACUCCUCUUGACAUUAGGAGAACAGCUGAUGCAUGCUCACAAAGGGACCAUGGAAGAUGAAGCACUUAGAGAAUGGCUUCUCAGGCUCCAAAGGGAGUUCACUUUACGGAUGACGGAUAUCGAAGCCGAAACAGAAUCUAACAUAGGCGACGGCGAAACUUCACCGGAACCCAGAGAAACUGAAGAGUCCCAAGAAGACCACGAGCAUAUGGAAGCCGUGUCUCAGGUUUCCAGAGAAUCGCUUCCCAUCAUACCCAUAGAUCCAACAUCAAACCUCAAACGACCUAGAGGUUCAGCCAGCUAUUCUUUCGGCAAUAGUGAGCUGCUCCUAAAUAUUGACAGCGGGAAGUUAGACACUACUCACUCUUGUACUUCAAACGAGUAA